CCCUGAGGCUCUCCUCUCAACGCAAGGACGCUGCAACCUGAUCGCUCGUAUAAAUACGAGCCUUGUCGACCCCCUUCCUCCCGCGGCAUUUGGGUUCGGAUGAAGGGCAGAACCCGUCUCGAGAGAUCUGCGACAUGAAUCCCUACCAGUACUGCUGCACCAACCUUACCACCAGCUUUCUCGACACGUGGUGUGAGGGCAAGUUUGAGAGGCUGAACGACACCUGUUGCAGCGACGUCAAUGCCAUGAGCUGGGCCAUUAACAUCACCUACAACGUCUCGGUGAGGGACAGGCCCGACUGCGGCUAUGUCUACAGGAGCGGUGCAUUCGGCAGAGCGCGAACCAUGCGGACGGCAGGGUGGCUGGUCGCCGUGCUGCUCGCACUGCAGGCGUACAUGGCUGUACUGGCCGUACCGUAAGCUCCAGGCACCAGACAACAAGGCGUUGAAAUCUGAAUAGAUUUCAAAUAAUAUCUGGA